AUGGAUGAAAAAACGUCUCUAAUGAAGGCAACAUUUCUAUUUGAUGAUCGCAAACGUUUUGUAGCCGAUUGUGAACAUGAUCGCUUACGAAAUUCAAUACAACAACAUACUGAGAUCCCUCAGACAGCUGAUCCAUGGAAACAACCACCAAUGGAUUUUACUGUGAAAAAUUUUCAUCCAAAUAGAAAGAAAAAUACUAAUACAUCAUCGAUGAAUGAUGUUUCAUCGAGUGAAGAGCAACGAGAAAAAACAUCACGCAGCUAUGAUCCUAUUGUAAUGAAACCAUUUUCAGUACAAUAUAAAAAUCUAGGCACGAACGAUGAUAAAGAUGAUGAUGAUUUAUUUCUAGUCGAUAGAAAAAUAAAAUAUGAUAGAAUAAAACGAAUGCUAAAUACAGAACAAUAUAUUAAUCCUAAACCACAUGAUUUUCGACAGUAUCCGGAUAUCAAAGAAUUAGGAUUAUCAGAAUUUGGUACUGGAUAUACUCGAGAUCCAUUUAAAAUUCGUUUCCUUUCUGAUCAUUUGAAUACAAUAUGGCUUCAAGAGCGUGAACAUGAGCGUGUGUCUUUUGUUGAAAAACCAACACCUGAAAUGUAUCGAGUAUUAAGUGCAAGACCAAAGUGGGAUUCACACUUAAUUUUGCCAAAACUUGUUUUUCCAAAUAAAUAUGCUGCUUACACUCGUUAUCGAAAUCCGACGCGAACUAUACAAAGUGCAUAUUGGGAACGAGUAGAAGAUCAUAUCGGACAACAGCCAAAGAAACGUUCAAAUGUUGCUUGA